GCUUAAGUCCAUCAAGUACAGUCAUAUUAAAGAUCGAAACUUCGACCGCGUCAGAACAUGUUGAACUUUUGCAAUAUUGUGAUUUAAUAGAUUUUUUUGAUAUAUUAUAUUCUUAUGAAAAAUAUUUGGAAGAUCAUGCACCGAAGCGAUUCAAAAGACACAAUGGAUUUGAAGCACUGCAAAAACUUCUGGAAGAACAUAAUAAUGAUGAGAAUAUAGCAAAUAACGAUAUCUCUGUAUUAUUCAGGUGA